AUGGAUGCGUUGUUCUUUCGACUCAUUGAGCUUAACGUGACGCCAGAAUGGCAGAAGCAGCAUAUGCUGAACAGCAAUGGGUUUGGUAAGAAGUUGCGAUCAUGGCAAGCGCUCUGUAUUGUCAGCGCGCAUGUUACGAAAUCGCAGUUGACUACGCUACUUCCCAAGCUUAAAGCUGCGUUUGCAGUGCCUCAACUACCCAGCGUUCGGUACUACAUGGAGCUUUUUGGAAUGCGAAUGGCGAUAAAGUAUUCACGUGAGAUCUGCUCGGGCCUUUUACUUCCGAUGCUAUGUGAUUCUAAUUUGAUGCCACAAGUGGGUGCUUCCGUGCUGAUUGUCUCUGCUUAUCUCGUUCACCACAAGCUAGACGACAUCGAUCUUGAUGUUGAUUAUGGAGAGCUGCUAGAAACGAUGUUGCCGUGGCUAAACUCAUCACACGGGCACACGCGUGUUUUGACCCAAUAUUUGCUGGCCAAGGUUCUUCCUCGCCAUAUUCACCAGCUUCAGUACAGCUCUGGUAAUACGCCAGGCCUUCGCUUUCUGGAAGGCACCGUACGUUAUCUGAGUAACAAUAAGGAGUGCAAACGGAUGAUGCGUCGGCAAGCGCGCCAACUGGAGGACUUUCGUCCUGACUACGAGAGCUCAUUACUUGGGAUGCUCUGCUCGGGAUUUAUUAACGAGUUUGGAGAGCUCUUGCCGCGCGACGAGUCCCUCCGUUUCAGUGAGCAGCUUAAAACUGCAAUGAACGAACUCUACGCCCAGUAUCAAAUUGAAAAUUUUGCUCCAGCUCCAUCACAAAGUAACACUUCUACCUCUGAGACCGGAACUGCAAGGGGAGCUCACACUGUGCAACGUAAAAUUGAUACGAUGACAAUGCUGCUCCAGGACAGUGCCCUGCCUACUGCAAUGCGAGCUAAUUUUGAUGCGGCGCAGCGGGGUGGCACACUUAACGCUCGCCAACGCCUGCGGCAGCCCAUCAUCAUGUGUGCAAGCUUGGUUGACAAAAUUCCAAACCUCGCAGGACUUGCAAGAACAUGCGAGAUUUUUAAUGCUCAGAAACUGAUCGUGCCCAACCUGCGAGCGACGGAGCAGGACGUUACGUUUGCGACCGUCAGUGCCACGGCUCAUAAGUGGAUGCCACUGGAAGAAGUUCGACCGCAAGGUGAUGAUCUGCGUGAGGCGCUGCUACGCUGGAAGAGUGAAGGCUACACCAUCGUGGCAGUCGAGCAAACAGGUUCCAGUGUUAGUCUUGCAAAAUACAUGCUACCACGCAAGAUGGUGCUUGUCUUAGGUCGAGAGAAGGAAGGAAUUUCCGUGGACAUACUGCAACUCGUUGACGUGUGCGUUGAAAUUCCGCAGUUUGGGUUGGUGCGCUCACUUAAUGUGCAUGUAAGUGGUGCGCUGGUGUUGUGGGAGUACACGCAGCAGCAACUCAAGUCUGGAGCUCUUGAGUCAACGCUGUAA